AGUUAAGUUGGGCAGUGGUCCGGAGAUCCCCUACCCAAGCCCUGUGAAGAUGUACGGCCUGUACUUGGAAGCGGUCAACGACUACAUCAACGAAUCCUAUGGCGAAGACGUGUGGCGGUUGAUUGAGAACCGAGCCGAGAUCCCUCACCUCAAGUUUGUCAGGCAUCAGAUGUACAAUGACAACCUUAUCCUGCGUCUUGCAAAAGCAGCUGGUGAAGUGUUGGGAAAAACCCACGAUGAGCUGAUGUAUGCCUUUGGAGUCUACAUGGUCAAGAGGAUUGGAAACUAUGGCUAUGAGCGGAUCCUGAAGGUGUUGGGACGAAAUGUGCGCGAUUUCAUCAAUGAGCUGGAUAACCUGCACGAGUACUUUCGCUUCUCUUUCCCCAAAGUGCAGCCGCCGAGCUUCUGUGUGGAGGAGGAGUGUGAGACCAGCCUGACGCUGCACUACCGCAGCACCCGCAAAGGCUUCACACAGUUUGUUAAAGGCCAACUCUCCCAAGUGGGCCGCCAGUUCUACAACACAGACAUUGAAGUGGAGAUCUUGUCCAAAGAGGAGACAGAGAAGAUGACGUACGUGGUCUAUAAGAUGAACUUUGACAAUGCCGCCUUCAAGCACCGCAUGCCCCAACAAAAAACAGCACCAAGUUAUGAGAAGCUUCCAAUGAAGCGAGGUAUAUUUUUUGACAUGUUCCCCUUCAGUGUCAUCUUCCGGCGCGACAUGACCAUGUACCGCAUUGGCGACGGCCUCAAAGAGGUGUUCUCUGACCUCCAGGGCAAGAAGGUCAACGAGGAGUUCACUCUGGUUAGGCCGAUGCUGGAGUUCAGUUGGGACAAUAUCUACACCCACCUGAACAACGUCUUUGAGCUGCUGUCUAAAGCAGUGGUGGAGAGCAAACAAAAAGUCAACAUUCCCAAAUUAAACAAAGAGGAACCCGAAGAGAAAGAGGAGAGCGAGAAAGUCAAGAAAGAAGAAGAAAGAGAACAAAAGUCAGUGGAGGAGAUGAAGGGCACAGACCAGGAGUACAGCAGCUCUCUGACUCAGUACAACAGCUCUGCUAACUCUGGAGGCGAAGACAUCGAGCUGCUGGCCUUCCAGACAGUCACAGGCAAAUGCAGUGAGACCAUCUUUGAAGACAUGCGGGAGCCCCCUAAAAAGCCUCUCCACCUGAAAGGCCAGAUGAAGUACGUCCCCCAGUGGGAUUCCCUCAUCUUUCUGGGGACGCCUAUCAUUGAGACAGUGGAGGACAUGAUCAAGAUGGGCGUCUACGUCAAUGACUUGAACCUGCACGACUCCAGCAGAGAGCUGAUCUUGGCUGGGACGCAGCAGUCGGCUGAGCUGCAGCUGGCCCUUGACCAGGUUCAGAAAUAUCCAAUGCCUGUGCUUAUCCAGGAGCAACAAAAGUACGCUCAGCUGCAGGAAAUCAUUAAGAAGCUGGACGAGGAGAAGAAGAGAGGAGACUCCUUGCUGUACGCCAUGAUCCCCAAAGCCGUGGCCGACCGCCUCAGGAAGGGAAUCACAGCUUUGGAAACAUGUCAAGUCUUCCCUGAUGUGACCAUCCUGUUCAGCGACGUGGUCAAGUUCAAUGAGAUCUGCAUCCACAUCACGCCCAUGCAGGUGGUAGACAUGCUCAACGAAAUCUACAUCGUCUUUGACACGCUCAGCGAGAAGCACAACGUCUACAAGGUAGAGACAAUCCGUGAUGCCUACAUGGUGGUGGCGGGUGUUCCCAACAAGACCACAUUCCACGCACAUCACAUCUGCGACAUGGCCUUGGACAUGCUGAGCUCCAUCGACCAUCUGAAGGACCCGUCCACUGGGGACAACAUCCAGAUCAGAGUGGGUAUCCACUCGGGAAUGGUGGUGGCUGGCGUGGUGGGUCUGAAGAUGCCUCGCUAUUGUCUCUUUGGAGACACUGUGAACACAGCCUCCAGGAUGGAAAGCAAUGGCGUGGGCAUGCAGAUACACAUCAGUCAGACCACCAAAGACCACCUUGAACAUGAGCCCUACAUCAUAGAGGAGAGGGGAAAGAUCUUUGUCAAGGGUAAAGGCUACAUGAAGACUUACUGGCUGAAAGGAAAGAAAGAUCUUUCCUUCAAGACUCCAGCUGAGCUGCGUUACAGCAGCGAGCAGAAGGACUCUGAGGACAAAAGUUCUAAUGGCUCCACGAGCCCCAGUGUCAAACGCAUGGCCUCAAGCCUCCCCAUCUGUGGUGGCGAGGAGCAGGCGGAGGGUAAGCCGAGCCCCAGCGACCUCCCACCGGAUGCCCUGCCCCAAGCGGAGGCUGCCAACGAGGCCCUCACUAAUUCAGGCGAACUUCAAGAAAAAGAGAAAUCCAAAAAGACUAAGAACAACAAGGGCGCCAAGGUGGACGCCUCCCAGGGAAACGCCAUGUCCGAGCUGCUGCCGCCCUCCGAUGGGCUGGAGAACCCGGGCCCGCUCCUAUACAAUAAGAGGAACAGCUUCAGGCAGCAAUAUGCCAAGCUGCCCACCAACCUGCCCAUGAGGAGCGCCUCCUGCACUCUCCUCUGAGGCCCCAUCAUCCCGCCAGGUUCCAUGAUGUCAUGAUGUUGACAACUUGAAACAUUAUGACACCAUCACGCCAUGACAUGGUGCCACGGCAUCAUGAUGUUGUGACGUGAUGUUGCCAUGAUAUCCUAAUGUGGGGGCGCCUUGACAUGACCUUGUGAGUCCGCGGCAACAUGACAUCAUAAUGAAAUCAUAAUGCCGCGGUCCAUGACAAUAUGACAUCAUCGUGAUGCCGUGGCACAUGAAAUCAUGACAUGGUGAUGCUGUGGUGUCAUGACGCCAGCGCAUGGUGAGGGGGUAGAGGUCGGAAGAAGGAAGUAUGACAGAUUUCAAUACGUUUCAAUUUAACAUGGCGCCAGUGAGCAAUACGGCAUGAAAUAAAACGUUCAGACCACCAAGUUAAAGUCGUCUUGUCGUACAACACAAAAAAUAAUAAGCAUUUGAUUGUGCACAAGGACACACCAACACAGUUUAUUUAUGAUGUCCUUGAUGCUUUGUGUUUUUAUAAUUUGACUUUCCCUCAUAAUGACAACACAAUAGAGAAUGUUUGGGGAGAUGUUUUCUUGUAUUGAGGCCUUUAUGUUGCAGACAAACCUCCACUGAGUGUAAUCAUCAUCUGUUUUGUUGAAAGUAGACACAUUAUUACACAUCUAUGUUACUGUAUGUCAUUUAGUACGAUGAC